AUGGCCUGGCCAAAUAUUUUGCAAAGAGCAACUCUGCUAUUCUGGUUCAGCCAUCAUCACGUGGUGGUGUUUCUGCGCACUUUCUUCAGUUACUCGUUGCUCCACGCAUCAAGAAAAACAUUUGGCAAUGUCAAAGUCAGCAUCUCUAAGCAGUGGACCCCAAGUCCUCUUAACAAGUCUAUUGAACUGCCUAUAGUGAUCUGGAGCAGCAACCAUUUGUUUCCCAGCGCUGAGGAAGCCACUCUUUUCCUCGGAACACUCGACACCAUUUUCCUCUUCUAUGCUGUGGGCCUUUUCAUCAGCGGUAUCAUUGGGGUCUGGCUUAACUGGCGAUGGGUUCUGUCUUUUGGCAUGUGCUCUUCUGCAUUAGCGGUGUUUGUUCUCAGCGUUGUCACAGAAUGGCUGCAUUUCUACAACAAGGGGCUGUACUGCAGCCUGUGGAUCGUGAAUGGCCUGCUGCAGUCCACUGGUUGGCUCUAUGUGGUUGCCGUUAUGGGCAACUGGUUUGGGAAAGCUGGGCCAGGUGCCUGUGCCUCAGUGGGCAAUAUUUUGGGAGCGUGUCUAGCUUCUUUCAUUCUGCAGUACGGUUAUGAAUAUUCACUGGCCUAUGCCUGCUUGAAGUUAGUGAGUUACUCCUUCUUCUUCUGGUCGCCCUUUUAUCUGAGUAACAGCUUCAGGUGGAAGGAGGCUGAAGCUGAUAGGCUGUCCAUUUGGUACAACGUUGGAGGAUUUGUUGGUGGAACUCUGCAAGGCUUCAUCUCCGACGUGCUACAGAAGAGAGCCCUGGUAUUAGCUCUCAGUCUGCUUCUGGCUGUCGGGUCCCUCGUUGGAUAUAGUCGUUCUCAAAACGAUAAGUCCAUCAAUGCACUUCUGAUGGCUGUCACAGGAUUCUUUACUGGUGGACCUUCUAAUAUGAUUAGCUCUGCUAUUUCUGCAGACCUGGGUUGUCAAGAGCUGAUCAAAGGGAGCAGUGAGGCUUUGGCGAUUGUCACAGGAAUAGUUGAUGGAACUGGGAGCAUUGGAGCUGCUGUGGGCCAGUAUUUAGUGUCUUUGAUCCAGGACAACCUAGGAUGGAUGUGGGUUUUCUACUUUUUCAUUCUAAUGACAAGUUGCACAAUUCUGUUUAUUUCACCAUUAAUAGUGAGGGAAAUAUGCUAUCUUAGGCAAAGACAACAAGCUCACAUAUUGAGUGAGUAACCAGUGCCCACAAAAGAACAAGAAUAAUAGGAGACAUAUCAGGACUAUUAUUUCUUUUUGUUCACCCUAUUUGGGGGUUGUCUUAAAAGCUCCAACAUAACCUGAGAUUGUCAAGCCUCUUUCAACAGUG